CUUCUUGUUCGUCGUCAACAUCUGUCCGGCCUGACGCAGCAGGGGCUCAACAUGGCGCAGCAGUUCGUGAAGGCGAAGAUCAAAGGCGACAAAGUGGUGCUGUUCAUCAAGCCCACGUGCUCCUUCUGCAUCAAGGCUAAAGACGUGUUGUCCAAGUACAAGUUCAAGCCGGGAUGUCUGGAGUAUGUGGACAUCAGCAGCCGCAGCGACAUGGGCAGCAUGCAGGACUACUUCCUGGAGCUGACCGGAGCCCGCACGGUCCCCCGGGUGUUCAUCGGCGAGGAGUGUGUUGGAGGUGGCAGCGACGUGGAGGCCCUGCAUAAGAGUGGGAAGCUGGAGGGCAUGCUGCAGUCCAUCGGGGCUCUGCAGUGAUUGGCUGAAGAGCUUCAGGGAUUUGGCGUCCAGAUGUGGUCACAUGACUAUGCAGCGGGACUUGCGGAGCUUGCGCCGCCGCUGCUGGUACUCGCUCAGCUCCUGCAGGUAGCCUCUGGACGGCCAGCGUAGCCUCUCCACCUGCUCGCGUUCCUCAUCUGUAACGCACAUAAAGAAGACUUUUAACCUCUCAUACGCUGCAGACAACUACCGGAGGUGUUGCCGAUUCAAAAUCAGCAAGAUUUCCUGUACUUGGUUGGACCUCACAGAAACUGCAUGGCUUGUUUCUGUAAAUGUAGCCAUCAAAGCUGAAAUGUCUUGCUCCCAAAGAGCAACUGAGGACCAGCGGGGCUCAGUUGUUAUUUAGCUUUUGCUUGUGCACUUCACUUCCCGUCCAAAACUCAAACUCCUGAAGCAACGUCGGUGUGCAUUUUCCCUUCAGACUGACACAAUGUCUACACUACCCUCCUUUUGAGAUUUGGGCAUGAAAGUAAGUUCUGGAGGAUGUUGGAAUCAUGAAGACAAGUCGAAUCUGUUUUUAUAUGAGGCUGCGAGAGGAGGAACAUAAAAAUACCACUGUGGUCUUUAAGGGGUCUGCACACCGACAUUGCACCAGGUCUUUGUGGCUUAAAUGCUUUUUCUGUAUUUGACUGAUGAUGAUAAUAAAAUGUGCUCCUGCUAUGAAA